UAACUUAACAGGUGAUCACUGGAAACACGUCCGGAAUAAGAUAACUCCCGCAUUUUCCUCUGGAAAACUGCGUAAGAUGUUCCAGAUGGUUGAUCACGCUAGUGACACACUGGUGGGGUCUCUGAGGAGGAAGGUCAAGGACGGAGAAGAGAUUAUGGACUUUGUCGAGUGGGUAUUAUAUUUCAGUUAAUUCAUAACACUGUUAAAUCAUUACACUGUUAAAUCUUUACACUGUUAAAUCAUUCCACUGUUAAAUCAUUGCACUGUUAAAUCAUUACACUGUUAAAUCAUUACACUGUUAAAUGAUUACACUGUUUAAAUCAUUGCACUUUUAAAUCAUUACACUGUUAAAUCAUUACACUGUUAAUCAUUACACUGUUAAAUCAUCACACUGUUAAAUCAUUACACUGUUAAUCAUUACACUGUUAAUCAUUGCACUGUUAAAUCAUUACACUGUUAAAUCAUCACACCGUUAAAUCAUUACACUGUUACAUUUUCUUUACCAGUGUGCAUUUUUGUGCAGUUUUUCUUAAAUGUCAAUAAGCCAUGUAUCGAUUUCAAUAUAUAAUUUGCCCUUUAAUUCCACUCUGAGAUUUGAAUGUAGGGGAUAUAGGAGAGAGGAAUGUGAUUAGCUAUUAAGCAUAAGUCAGUACGUAUACUGUGAUAACUGUUCUUUGUCACUCUUCAUGUUCAUAAAGUAGGAUAACAGUUGGGAUGUACAAUUUGUAUGAUAAUGUAGAAUGUGUGUCGUAUACUUGUAUACCGAUAAGAGUAUAGUCAGCCUAUUUGACCAGAAGAUCUAUUAGUUGAUCAUAUGUGAUAUAACAGCACUGAGCUGAAAAUGAUACGAAAUGUACUUACUAUAUACAUCAGGAAAGCAUGAAUUGUGAUAUCAUUUGAAUUUCAAUGUCGUAAUUUCAUUGUCUUGUAACGGGAAAUCAUUACCUGUUCAUCUAUAUGUACGAGUCUAAAAUCAUCAGUUAACACUUCCCAUUGUGCUUUUCACUAUCACUCUUUCCAAUAUUCCACAAAAGAAAAUAGUCCACUGUCUAUUACGCUCCACGUGACAUCCAUUGGUGAUAUAAUUACUUAUCACCUAAACGCGCAAUAAAUUGUUACAUCAUAUACCCCACAAGCACGUAAUGGUCAUGUAAUUAACCUUAUAUAUUAUAGGGUUUUCCUUAUCAUAUAAUUUUUAUACUUUACGAUCUCAUACAGAAUUUCGGGGAAAAUAGUGUAUAUCGUAAUCGACUUUCAUCUAAGAUGGAAAGAGUGUGACCACCUCCUCGUGUAUUCCAAUUUCCUCUCGCAUUAGGACCGUUUUUGUACCUCUAUCGUGUGUUCCCACGUUAAGGCCGCUUAUGUACCUCCAUCGUCUGUUCCCACAUUAAGGCCGUCUGUGUACCUCUAUCGUCUGUUCCCACAUCAAGGCCGCUUGUGUACCUCUAUCGUCUGUUCCCACAUCAAGGCCCCUUGUGUACCUCUAUCGUCUGUUCCCACAUCAAGGCCGCUUAUGUACCUCUAUCGUCUGUUCCCACAUCAAGGCCGCUUGUGUACCUCCAUCGUCUGUUCCCUCAUUAAGGCCGCUUGUGUACCUCCAUCGUCACUUCCCACGUUAAGGCCGCUUGUCUACCCCCAUCGUCUGUGCUUAGUUUGGUAGAGAUAUAGAAAAAAUGUUUUGUCAUGUUUCAUUUCUUUUUUCUGACCUUCAACAAUACGGUUACAACAGGGAAUACGUGUAUGUUAGAAUUUGGCUAACACAACCGAUGAAUGUUAUAUAUAUGACCAGUACGGUAUGUACACUGUCACCUUCAUCAGACAAAUGACCAGGACGGCAUGUCUACACAAAGAUGUAAAACAUGUAUGAGUUGUCUUCGAAACACGAUCGAUCGAUCGAUGUUGAUUUCGGCUAUGCUGUAGUAUAGAAUAUUAUGCUAUGGUAUUUGUAAUUGUACCGAAAUGACUCCAACCUACUUCUAUUUGCCUAAUACCUGGCCAUGAAUUUGCGAGAGUCUAUGUACCCACUCAUCUCGAUUGAGCACUAGCCCACUGUGGCGUUUCCAGAUGGCUUCUCUUAUUUGUCGAUUCAACAGCUUGCUUUCCCUGGAGUUACCCCUGUCGAUCACGUUGUUCCUGUUGGCGUGGUCUGAAACAACAGAUUUAUUUAUCUGGGACUCCGACUGCUUUCCUCUGAAUGGGUAAAUUUCUGUCCUGACUGGGAUGCCGUAUCUAUCCGGUGUUCCUCAAGGCUGACCCCAUAACGCCUUAAUUCCCGUCUCUCCAAUAUACGAUGCCUCAGUUUUGUCAUCCGAUUUUGCAGACGCAUCCUGUGACGUUUUUCUUGAGUGUUUUAUCCUUUGGGUAUAUUGGGAUGUUUUGGAUUGUCUUGUGUGUCUGAGUGGCUUUAGUUAUGUCAUGGCCCGGUAUAUCCUCUGACCGGUUUUAGGAUAUACCUUUGAUUUACGGGAUGACCACUUGUCCUUUAAUUUUAUUGAUGUCCUUAGCAGGUCUUUGUUUUUCCCUUUAUUUUGACACUCUUUGUAUACGUUUGAGAUUCCAUUCCAGACAUUUACAUGGUUUCUUUGCCCUAGCUAUGUUUUUUUCUGUUCUUGUCUGUCUUAUAGCUCUGUGCCAUCUCUUCUGUAAAGCAAUGUGCACAGUAUGCCUAGUUUCUUAUGUAAAGGAUGAUGGGAAAAGGCAAAAGUAGCAGAAUCUAGCCAUUUCGGUCCAAUUGGAAUACUAUAUAUACAUAUUAUUGUAUACUACAGCAUACUGGACGUUCGAUAUGUAAAUACACACCAAAUCAGCUUACACUACUAGGUCUGUGAUUCAGGUUUGUCGAUCAACCCUUGUCAGCUUAAUCUGUAUAACUCCAUUUAUGUUCGUAUUCUUUUUCGACGUUUGCAUAGCAUUACGACUAGGAUCAGAACCAGUCAUAGAGUGACAGCAUAUCCCAGUACCUUGAUUUUUGUAGUUCUUUUAACUGUCCUAGCCGACCGAGUCCUUUGUAUAUCACGCGACAAUGAAAUAUCAUUUAUAUAGUACGUUAUAUGCACAGCUACUCUACAUGCAUAAUGAUUUCAUCAUCCAUCUCAAUGCCUAUACAAUUACCACUGUAGACUAAAAUGUCUGUACCACGAUUUCAUCAUACAUCCCAAUGCAUAUACCCUUAUCACUGCAGACUUAAAAUGUCCUUGCCAUGAUUUCAUCAUACAUUUCAAUGCAUAUACAAUUAUCACUGUUGACUUAUAGAAUCUAACAUGGUUCUGUUCCGUGGACAGGGAUAUGGCAACAUGAGUGUAAGAGUUUGGCCAGUCCGCACGAGACGUGUCGAGUGCUGGCCAGCAAAACUCUUACACGAGGGUUGAGAUAUCCUUGUUCACAGAAAGAAAAGACCCGUGUGUUUUUUUUUUUUUUACAUGUAUGCAAGCAAAUGUAAGUAUUUUAUGAAGUGUUCGGUGUUUGUUGGUAUACCUGGCCGUGUCACAACUCCAGAAUACCCUAAAACGGCAACAGCAGUCACGGGUGUUUCUGACAAUGUAAAUACUACUUUUGGUAGGUAGAUAUAGCUUCUGGUAACUUACUGAUGAACGUGUAGGCUCGCAAUCAUGUUUCUUUUUAACAAGGCUAUUAAUCCACAAGGUCCUCUGUUUGUAGAAUUGGUGAGUUAAGCAACAGUAUCGCAGCAAAUAAAUGUACAUAAAUAAUGAUAAAAAAUGAACAUAUAAAGAUUAAGAAUAGACAAAUUUCUUAGAAUUGUAGUCAAUGUGUUGUAACAUUAAUUUCGAUGGUAACAUACUACAGGUUCAAUAAAAAUAUCACAGAAAUAGUAAAGGUAUUCCGUAAAAGAAAGGAUGCCUAAUUUACAUACACGCUAAUGUAGCAAAAGAAAGGUACAAAUUGAUAGAAUAUACGCAAAUAUAAUUGGAAAUUAAACGGUGUUCUUCGCAUUCUUUUAAAUACAGCUAUAGUAAGGUAUUGAAAUGGCAAGGUAUUGUAAUACGGUAAGGUAUUGUAAUAUGCUAAGGUAUUGUAAUAUGGUAAUGUACUGUAAAAUGGUAAGGUAUUGUAAUAUGGUAAGGUAUUGUAAUACGGCAAGGUAUUGUAAUAUGGUAAGGUAUUGUAAUACUGCAAGGUAUUGUAAUUUGGUAAGGUAUUGUAAUACGGUAUGGUAUUGUAAUACUGUAAGGUAUUGUAAUACGGCAAGGUAUUGUAAUAUGAUAAGGUAUUGUAAUAUGAUAAGGUAUUGUAAUACGGUAUGGUAUUGUAAUAUGAUAAGGUAUUGUAAUAUGAUAAAGUAUUGUAAUAUGAUAAAGUAUUGUAAUAUGGUAAGGUAUUGUAAUACGGUAAGGUAUUGUAAUAUGAUAAAGUAUUGUAAUACGGUAAGGUAUUGUAAUAUGGUAAGGUAAAUAAAAUUAUUUGCAGACGACACUUCUCUUUAUGCUAUAGUAGAUACUCCCACUCACUGUGCUGAUAUGUUAAAUGACUGUUUAAGGAAAAUACAUGAAUGGUCUGAACAGUGGUUGGUUAAGUUUAACACAGAAAAAACCGAAUCUCUUUUAGUGAGCAGGAAAAUUAAUAAACCCCGUCACCCUACAUUAUUCAUGAAUAACGUUCCUGUAAGUGAGGUCAAACAUCAUAAACAUAUAGGGCUAUUCCUCUCCCAUGACGGUACUGAACAUAUAAACUAUAUGAUUAAAAAAACAUCAAAUAAACUAGCCAUAUUGAGACGUUUCAGAUUUAAAAUAGAUAGGAAUUCACUUCAAACCUUAUACUUCUCCUUUAUCAGGCCCAUACUAGAAUAUGGGGAUAUCGUCUGGGAUAAUCUUACUAUUCAACAGUGUCAAUCUCUAGAAAAUAUUCAACUGGAAGCUGCAAGAAUUAUAACGGGUGGGACCAAACUUACAAGCCAUGCUAAAUUAUAUGAAGAAACUGGGUGGGACACUCUACAAUAUCGCCGUAAGGUGAAGAAAACUGUUCAGGUACACAAAAUGAUUUUUGACCUCACUCCCCCAUACCUUUCUAAUUUACUCCCUCAACGCAGAAUGGACGUUCAUCAAUAUAACACACGCGACGCUGAUAACUUAAAUAAUGUAUUCUGUAAAACGAACUUCUAUAAAAACUCUUUUCUCCCUUCUUCUAUUGACCUGUGGAACUCACUACCCCCAGAUAUUAAAAAUAGCCCCUCCCUUAGUAACCUGAAAAAAUACCUACACAGACACUCACCGACAGUCCCUCCUUACUAUAGUUAUGGGAAACGUUCUGAUCAGGUUCAUCAUGCUAGAUUGAGGAUGAAUUGCAGCUCUCUAAAUGCCCAUCUAUUUAGUCGUAAUCUUAUCGACAGCCCUGUAUGUUCAUGUAGACAAGCGUAUGAAACCACUGAACACUUUCUAUUGUCUUGUCCAAACUAUACCAUUGUAAGAAACGAAUGUUUUGUAGAUCUACCAAUAGACUACACUUUUGAUAUGCUUCUAUACGGAAAUCCAAAUCUAUCGAUUACAGAGAAUGAAAAUAUUUUCCAUUGCAUCCAACUUUAUAUUUUAAAAACCAAACGUUUUUUAAAUUAAUAGUGCCAUUUUACGAGUCCCAAGAGGUCACUAGUGCUGUAUAUUUACAUUAUAUCACUAUGUUUUAUUAUGUCAUUAUGCUUAUGUAGUACCUAUAGUAUCACUAGGUCCCAUUACAUCUCUCUCUCCCCUCUCUCCCACCUCUCUCUCUCUCUCUCUCUCUCUCUCUCUCUCUCUCUCUCUCUCUCUCAUCAAUAGUUUUGUUUUUAAGUUAUACUAUUUGACUAAUAAAUGGCUAUACAGUGUUGUCACCCGCCAAUCUAUUAUUUAAGGAGACAGAUUUAAAUAAGUAUUUUCAUACUUUUUUCUGAAUCCUUUUAUUAUUAUGUAUCAUAUAUAUGACAUGUAAAUAUUGAAUAAAAUAUUGUUUAAACUAA